UUACAAAGCCAAAAAGAGGUAACCGCGUUUACAGACAUCGUCAAAAAGGCACGUGCAUUAGAAGCAGCUAAAACUGAUUCAAAAGAGCUCGCACAAAAACCGAAUCAUUCAACAACAGGCGAAAUCAACAAAGUAAAGGCCACUCCACCACCUCUUCUACCCAAACGGUCAUUGCGAAACAAAUUAUAGUUUGGGAUUGAGUAGCAAUAAUUCGGAAUAUCCGCACUGAACCAAGUCUCUGACACACAAACAACGUCAACACACGAAUCUUCAAAUAUACUUCUAAUGCUAUCCAGUUUGUCACUAUUCAAGCUGCGAGCGUUGAAAUGAACUACAUUAAAGCCACCAGCACGCUUACAGAGCACAUUUACCAGGACUGUUUGGUUGAAAUUAACAUUAUGUGACGGACUGUUCUCCAACAUAUUGUGGAGUAAUAUUAACAGAAAAUGGUUAUAAACAAACUUAAAUAUAUGAGGAAGACAAAAGAUAAUACACAAAAUAAAUGUUAAAUAGUAUGCUAAUAUUAAAUGCUACUAAUGAUGUUAAAAAGCUCGCUGCUAUCAGAUACAGCAACAGGUUCACUUCCAGCAGACGUACGUAUAAAAAUUUCACCUCUCCAAGAGAAUGCACUAUGCAGCUUAUUCAAUUUUCUCAAUUUUAUCGCAGCUUGUAGAGUCUUUCUGGUCGCAGCAGGUAAGCUCUCAUAAAUGUUGAAAGUGCCGUGGCUAUCAAUGCCUGCUAGUUUAAGAGGUACAGAAGAUUUGUGCUUUUUCCUAUACUGAGCGAACGCAGAUAAAGUGCGUGUACGAUCGGAUA